CUCACUAUGAACUAGCUGCUUGGCGCCGCGGCGGCCGUUCUGCGAGAGCUGGCAAGGAUGAAAGCGGGCGUCACCCACUGCCGAUGUUCCCGGUGUUUUCCGGUCCCUUCCAAGAGAAGGCUGAAGAAGGCCCCGGUCCUCACCCUGCUCUCCCUUCCAGAAGAUAUUCUCUUCCAUGUUCUCAAAGGUCUUCCUAUAGAAGACAUCCUUUCCCUCCGAGCUGUGCAUUCUCAUCUUAAGUAUCUUAUAGAUAAUCACACCUGCAUUUGGGCCUGUGCAAGCUUUCAAGAAGAAUGGCCUUCUCCCAGAAACUUGAAAAUCUUUGAAAGGGCUGCAGAAAAGGGUAACUUUGAAGCUGCUGUGAAACUUGGAAUAGCCUACCUCUACAAUGAAGGCCCAUCGGUUUCCGAUGAGGGCCGUGCAGAAGUGAAUGGGCUCAAGGCGUCCCACUUUUUCAGCCUGGCCGAGGGCUUGAAUGUCUCCGCAGUGCCUUUUGUCUGGCUGUUCAUACGUCCCCCCUGGUCUUUGGGUGGAAGCUGUUGCAAAGCUGUGGUCUACGAGAGCCUCCGAAGAGAGAGUCCAGCGACAAGUAAGGCGCUUUCUUCUACCCGAGGAUCGAUUCUAUACUGUUUGGCCAAAGUUUUGAGUCUCUUUGAGGAUGAAGGGAAGAGGAAAGAAGCGCAGAUGUUUGAGGACUCCUCAAAGCAAGGGUGUUUGCACAGCUCUUACCUCCUGUGGAAAAUAUCAAAGGCUGCUAUGUCAGAUCCUGGACGAUACCUCCAGAGCCUCAGACAGCUUAAGGACUAUGCAGCCAAAGGUUCUUGGGAAGCCCAGAUCACCCUUGCCAAAGCUUGUGAACGGAACCAACUGGGACCGGAAAGCAAGACUUCUGUCGAGACGAUCUCCCAGUUUUUCCAGGCCUCGGUUCCUCUGAGCAAGCAAAGCAUUUUCACUGUCCAGAAGGGCAUGAAUGAGACAAUGAGGUACAUUUUGGUUGAUUGGCUGGUAGAAGUGGCCACCAUGAAAGAUUUCUCCAGCCUCUGCCUUCACAUGACCAUUGGCUGUGUGGAUCGGUACUUAAAAUUAAGAUCUGUGCCCCGGGCUCGGCUGCAGCUUUUAGGAAUUGCAUGCAUGGUUAUUUGUACCCGCUUCGUGAGCAAAGAGAUUCUGACGAUUCGCGAGGCGGUUUGGUUAACGGACAACACGUACAAGUACGAAGACCUCGUGAGGAUGAUGGGGGAGAUCAUCUCUGCCCUGGAAGGCAGGAUAAAGAUUCCUACUAUUGUGGACUAUAAGGAAGUGCUACUGAACGUCACCUCGCUGGAAGAAGGCUUGCAUCCCUGUCAGCUUAUCUGUGAACUUUCCCUCCUCAACACGGGCCUUUGCGGCUAUUCCCCGGCCCGUUUGUCUGCAGCGGCUUUGCUGUUAGCAAAAGUGUUGCACAGGCAAGCUCGUCCUUGGACUAGCCAGUUAACAGAAUAUACAGGAUUUUCCCUUGAAGAGCUGAUUCCCUGUGUGCUGAGCCUCCACAAGAAAUGCUUCCAUGAAGAUGCUCCCAAAGAUUAUAGGCAGGUAUCCCUGACUGCUGUGAAGCAACGGUUUGAGGAUAAGCGCUAUGAAGAAUUGGAAAAGAGAGGUGAUGACCUACAGCCAGCUCUGCUCCCUGCUGGGAGUGAAACAAGAAGACCCCGAGCCUGGAUCUUCGAGGAGGGAGAAGACAGCAUCCAGGAGGACCGGGGUAGCUUUGUCACCACCCCCACGGCUGAAUUGUCCACUCAGGAAGAAAGUCUUCUGGAUAUUUUCUGGAUUGGAGCUUGGACGCUUGUUCGGGGGUAUGAAGGAGAUCAAGAAAGCGAAGGCGAGAGGAGGGGGAAGUUACAGCUCCUACUGGAAUUCUGGAAGGAACUCUACCGCCUCAGGCCCUCGGGAAGCCUUGCUGUUGCCAAGAACUCCAGCGAUGACGAGAGCCUCCCCCAGGAAGGAUGCGAGCAACUUCUCCAUAAAAGACCAGAUUAG